AUGUAUGCCUCGCCCUCUUCUCCCUCUCAACCACCGCCGUCCAUGGCCACCUCUUCAGCCAGACCCCUCCAGCUCGAUCAAUGGGCCAACACCAAAGCCCCCCUCACCUCGUCUCAACGCGCUUCCGUCAAUCGUCUCGCAGAAUGGCUUCACCUCAAUUCGCCCAACUACAAACAGCAGCAGCAGCAGCAGCAGCAAAUCUCGACUUUGCAGGAUGCAGGAGUCAAUGGCAGCAGUUGUCGGAGUGACUCCAUUGUCGACCGCUCCACAGCCGACGAUGGAGGCCAUGCAAGCACGACCGAGCCUUGCCUUGGCAAAAGCAAUGCACAGCUAACAUUGCCAGAUACAGGUGCUCCUCUCGCCUCGGCUCAGAGCUUCCUAGCUUGGUAUACGCAGCUCUCGGAUUCGGUCACCUCAUCCACUCACACAGCACAUCGUCAAGCGUUGCAGCGCAUCUCGGACACCACAUUGACUGCUGAUAACCUUCUAGCUCAACUCGAAGCAUGCCAAGUCAAUGUAUCCGAACUCCGCGCAGGAACUGCCUUUGUGCAAGACUCUUCCAAAGGCAUUCGCGAACAGGCGCAAUCCCUGCUUGACUCACAAACCCACCUCGACACUCUGGCAGAAGACAUUGCCUCUCGCCUUUCUUUCUUCACGUUGCUUCCAUAUGCAACCAACAUGCUCAGCUCACCAGACUCCACGAUUGUCUAUUCCCAAUCCUUCCUCGAGCUCAUGGAUCAGCUUGACGUGGCGCUUCUCUAUCUUCUGCAAGAGCCUGCAAAGUCGUAUCGCGAUGCUGCGCUCUACCGUAUGCGAUACUCGCAGUGCGUUACCAGGGCGGCUACGCUAGCAAAGAUGGCGGUGGUACGUGACUUGAAGACACAAGCCGAUCGCACCUCUGACCAGAUCAAGCAGCUCGUGUUGACUCGUGCUUCUGUCGACGCCAAACUAACAACAAUACCAGCAGCGGCUUCCGAUCCAGAUUCCAAAGGCAAGGCUCGUGAGCUGUCGAAUGGCACGCCAACCGAUGCGGAUAGAGCUCCUCUUUCCAAGGAGGUAGAUCAUGCUUUGUUUGACGAUGCAGCGCUCCAGAUCACUAAGCUCCGCCCGCUCAUCUUUGAACUUGAGAAACGUGCAACCAACAUGGCCUUACCUUGCACCCCCACCGCAUCGACUGCCGCAGAGUUUGAGUCGCUGCUUCAGGAGUGCAGAACUGCCUGGUUCCAACAUCGGCGUCCUCUGCUCUCCCGUGCGCUUCUGCAAUGCAUCUCCGAGAUUGAGACCAACGACAAGUUGCAUUCUACCGUACAUCUGUCUCGCGCAGGCUCGAAUCUGGUUCGGUUCGUCGUGCAGAGGGAGUUAAAUCUGUACCAGCAGUUUUUCAUCGGGCGCGAUGUAAACGGCGGUGACGCUUCUGAUAUCCAGGCGAGGCAGAUCAAGGAACUGGAUGCAGGCUUGGGUCCAUAUCUUGCCGAGCUUGCAGAGACGCUGGCGGCUCGACUGCGUCCGAAGCUGUCUAAGGAAGACGAUCUUGUGGUGCUUGCGCAAACGUGCGCGGCUAUCGCCGAUUCAACGCACGCCAGUGCGGGCCACGAGACAGCAUGCAUGCGCAGUCUGCUGCCUCUACUCAAUGAGGCGCAGUCGCGUCUCCUUGCUCGAGCGCAGUGGAUCAUCACGACCGACAUUGCAAACUUUGUUGCAAGCGAGCAACAAGGCGACCUCGACUUCCCAGAACGUAUCCGCACCUACAAAGCAAGUGCGCGUCUCACCGCCAACGAUGAGCUAUCGGCAGCUGCGGGAAAAGCACAGCACCGUCGCGCCAAGUCGGGUGCGGGACUGCUGAAUGCAGCGCUCUCCGCGUCGCACACUGCAUCGUCGUCCAAGACACAACAGGAAAAAGUAGAGCUCUUCACACUGCCCGCCACUCAGCUCUCAACGUAUUAUGCACCUAUCGGGUACAUGCUUGGGCUGCUGUAUCACUUGCAGGCGCUCGUACCGGCGCCCGCGUUCCGGCGCAUUGCCAUGGCCGCCGUGGAUGCAUGUCUAGCUAGCGUAGCUAAGGGAGCGACGGCGCUGCUCAAGCGCAAGAACGGAGACAGCCUGGAGCACGAAGAUGGCUGGUUGUUUGAGCUUCGGCAGCUCGAAAUUGUGAGGGAGGUGGUGGUCUCGGCCGAGCUUGUGCUCAAGCAGGCAUCCGAUGAGCAAGCUCGACCCGAUGUGAUCGAAGCGAGUGCGACGGGUGUUGGCCAUGCAGCUUCAGGAAGAGGAGCAUCUCUUGUCGAUCUUUCGUCGCUGGUCACGGCGAUCAACUCGCUCUGGACCAAUACGGGCCGUUUGCUCUACCCAUCUUCAGCUGGCGUCGAUGCAAAUCUGGCGCCAUCCAAACAGCUCGAUAUGGAGCCAAGCUCGAGCCAGGUCGGCUCGAGACUGCAGGCAUUGAUCGAACGACUAGCUCAACUCUGGUCGGAUUCGAUUGCGCUCCCGCUUCGCGUCUACAUCGAUCAGAGCGCAGCGAGCGCAGCGGAAGCGAGCGCGACAAAGUUCACCAGCACGUAUCAAGCGUUUGAGACGUGUAUCGAGAGUAUCAUUCCCGCAAAGGCGGGCAAGAUGGCGUUGUGGAUCGAAGAUCACGAGGUGCACAGGCUCGUUGUGGCGCGCGUCACGGACAAGGUGGCUCAAGCGUAUAGCACGCUCUACGAAAUCAAGCCGGCGCAUGCAGGGGAGGUGGAGUCGGUCGGUGCCAUGUCGGACAGGAUGCAGAGAGAAUGGCAGCAGGCGCUGUCGAUGUGA